AUGCCGCUAAGUCAGGUGCACGAGGCCUGGCUGGACGGCAAGCGCUACGCGGUGAAAGUGCAAAGGCCGGGGCUCAAGAGGCUGUUCGAGGUGGACCUGAACAGCAUCGGGGCUCUGGCGGGGAUCCUGGAUAGAUUCGACCCAAAGCUCGACGGCGCAUCCAGGGACUGGGGGGCCAUCUUCCGAGAGAGCAGCCGGGUGCUCUACGAGGAGGUGGACUACACGCGGGAGGGCAAGAACGCAGAGAGGUUUUCGGAGAACUUUAAGGGCACGGAGUGGAUCAAGGCUCCCGGCAUAAACUGGUCUCGCAGCUCGAGCAAGGUAAGGUGUGCGUGUGCGUGUGCGUGUGUGUGAUUUUUCAUGUGCAUCGACCGCGCUAACCGGCUGACCAAUUAAAAGACGUCUGUGCCAGCUGGUAAAAAUCAAGGUCCCUGGACGGGGGCCAAAAUUCGAAACAUGCGUAAUGCGCUAGAUGCGAAUGCCAAUACGACUCUCUCUACAUAUUCUUUCACGUAGGCACACAUCUCAGCAACACAAAUGCCCUCGCUCGAAUCUAGGAAGCCACUGAUACAAAGAGCGGAGGACAACAAAAGGGUUAAUUCAAGCCCAGCCGAAGCCAGGAUAUCGUGUGU